UUCCGGUCUCCCCUCCCUGACCCUGCUUCCGCUUCCGGUUCCCCGCCGAGGGGUCUGAGGGGGAUGCUCAGCGCGCGCCGCGAUGGAGGAGAAGUACAGCGGGCAGGCGCUGGGGCCCGUGGAUGUGCCCAGCGCCCGGCUGACGCGUUACAUUGUGCUGCUGUGCUUCACCAAGGUUUUGAAAGCCGUGGGGCUGUUUGAAUCCUACGACCUGCUGAAAGCUGUCCACCUCGUGCAGUUCAUUUUCAUAGUGCGGCUGGGGUCUGCAUUUUUUAUGGUUUUGUUUCAAAAACCGUUUUCUUCUGGAAAAGUGGUAACCAAGCGUCAGUGGAUCAAAAUUGUUAAACAUGCUGUUGUGGGAUGUAUCAUUUCACUCUUGUGGUUUUUCGGCCUUACUCUUUGUGGACCACUGAGGACAUUGUUGCUGUUUGAGCACAGUGAUGUGGUUGUGCUGUCGCUCCUUAGUGUCUUGUUCACAAGCUCAGGUGGAGGACCAGCAAAGACAAGAGGUGCUGCAUUUUUCAUCAUAGCUGUCAUCUGCUUACUACUUUUUGAUAAUGAUGACCUUAUGGCUAAAAUAGCAGAACACCCUGAGGGACAUCAUGACAGUGCUCUUACCCAUGUUCUGUACACAAUCAUUGCUUUCCUUGGUGUUGCAGAUCACAAGGGAGGUGUACUGCUUCUCGUACUGGCAUUGUGCUGUAAGGUUGGUUUUCACAUGGCUUCCCGAAAACUUUCUGUAGAUGUAGGCGGAGCCAAGCGUCUUCAAGCUUUGUCUCACCUUGUUUCUGUCCUUCUCUUGUGCCCGUGGGUCGUUGUCCUCUCUCUGACAACAGAGAGUAAAAUAGAGUCUUGGUCCUCUCUCAUCAUGCCUUUUGUAACAGUCAUCUUUUUUGUUGUGAUCCUGGAUUUCUAUGUGGAGUCCAUAUGCUUUGUCAAGAUGGAAGCUUCCACGUGUGCUCGAUAUGGGUCCUUUCUUAUUUUCAUUAGUGCAUUGCUUUUCGGCAACUUUUGGACACAUCCAAUAACAGACCAGCUUCGAGCUAUGAACAAGCCACCACACCUGGAAAGCACAGAGCAUGUUCUUUCUGGAGGAGUGGUAGUGAGUGCUGUCUUCUUCAUUUUAUCUGCCAAUAUCCUGUCCUCCCCCUCCAGGAAAGGGCAGAAGGGUACCCUUAUUGGCUAUUCCCCUGAAGGCACUCCUCUCUAUAAUUUCAUGGGUGAUGCAUUACAGCAGAGCUCUCAGUCAUUACCCCGGUUUAUUAAGGAGUCACUGAAACAAAUCCUUGAGGAGUACGAUUCUAGGCAGAUCUUCUAUUUCUUGUGCCUAAAUCUGGCUUUCACGUUUGUGGAGCUUUUUUAUGGAGUAUGGACCAAUAGCCUUGGUCUUAUUUCUGAUGGAUUUCACAUGCUUUUUGAUUGUUCUGCAUUAGUGAUGGGGCUUUUCGCAGCUCUGAUGACAAGAUGGAAAGCAACUCGCAUAUUUUCCUAUGGGUAUGGACGUGUAGAAAUUCUGUCUGGAUUUAUUAAUGGCCUCUUUCUGAUGGUAAUUGCUUUCUUUGUCUUCAUGGAAUCAGUGGCCAGAUUGGUGGAUCCUCCAGAUAUAGAUACAAAUAUGCUAACUCCCGUCUCUGUUGGAGGGCUGAUCGUAAACCUUGUUGGCAUCUGUGCCUUCAGCCACGCGCACUCCCAUGGGGCUUCUCGGGGAGGUUGUCACUCGCACGAUCACAGCCAUUCUCACCAUGGACACAGCCACGGGCACGGGCAUUCCCACAGUGACCAUGGGCACAGCCAUGGGCAUUCCCACGGGUCUUCUGGAGGCAGCAUGAAUACCAACAUGAGAGGUGUGUUUCUGCAUGUGUUAGCAGACACUCUUGGCAGUGUUGGUGUUAUCGUAUCCACAAUAUUUAUUCAGCAAUUUGGAUGGCUCAUAGCUGAUCCGCUCUGCUCUCUUUUUAUUGCUACAUUGAUUUUUCUUAGCGUUAUCCCGCUGCUGAAAGAUGCCUGUCAAGUGCUUUUGUUGAGGAUACCUCCAGAACAGGAGAAGGAUCUGCAUGCUGCUUUAGAGAAGAUUCAAAAAAUAGAGGGAGUCAUAUCCUACAGAGAUCCCCAUUUCUGGUGUCACUCUGCAACUGUUGUGGCAGGUACAAUACAUGUGCAAGUCGUGUCAGAUGUGAUGGAGCAGAGAAUUGUACAGCAGGUUACAGCGAUUCUGAAAGAUGCUGGGGUGAACAACCUAACUGUCCAAGUGGAGAAAGAAGCUUAUUUUCAACACAUGUCCGGGCUCAGUACAGGAUUUCAAGACGUCUUUGCAAUGACUCAGCAGCUAGAAUCCAUGAAAUACUACAAAGAUGGUACUUACAUCAUGUGAUUCAAAGUGUUGUUUGCCAAAGGCAGUGCAAAUGGUAAAGCUAUAAGAUUCCAUAUUCAUAUUACUUUUUGUCAGGAGAUCUUGCACAUACAUGUACAGAAACAAAUGUACUAUAUAUUUGAAUUUUUUUUAGCAUACUAUCUUUAUUAUAAUUUGAUUAAGAUGCUUUUAUAAAGGAAAUGAGAUGGACUUAAAUAUUUGCUGUAUAUGUGAAAAUAUUGGAAACCUUAAAUAGUGUACUUGGAGUUUAUUAAACAGAAAUGUUGGAACUUGCAGAGAGGCACAGAUAUAUUCCAUACUUUCCCUAGGUAUGGAACAUCACAAUUAUAGUUCCAUCUUAGCAGGAAACAGAAAUGGUUUAUAUUGAAGUGCAAACAUGAGCAACUGAAAAACAUUUUUUUUCUUUCAAACAGAGCUUGAAGACUCUUUGAAUGAAAGAAAUUACACUUUUAUUAUGGGGAUAAACAAACAACAUGAAGUCAUGGUUUUUGCACACUUUGUUAGAUAAUAGAAAUAGACAGGUUUUCUAUUAUGUCUUGGCAUAUAGAUCCAAUUUCUAAACAUAAUUUUAAUGCAUAAGGGAAAUAGAUGUUACCAUUUUAAAUUUAUAUCAAAUUAUUUUUUAAGGAGAGAAAUCCACAGGUUAACAGUGAGAAAGUAGGAGGGGAAAGAAUUGCAGGCACUUUUCUGUUUCCUGGGAAGACUCUUAAUCAAAAAAACACUCUGUAAAAUAAUUACUUUUUACUUUUUGUACAAAUCGGUGAGGAUUCCAACAUUCAGCUAAACUUCACCUCUUCAUGAUACAUUACUCUGUCACUCACUUCACUUUUUUCAUAAUACCAUAACACAGCUGUAGGUGGUUCUGUAGCCAGUUAUACCUCUGCGUGUUACCCAGGGAAGCAAUCCACGUUUAGAAUGCUAAACUGUGACAGUAGUCUGUCACUUGGCAAGUUGCUGAAAUAAACUGUAAAUUGAGACUUCUUGACUAGAAGAAGCGUGUUCAAAAAAUAAUUGUGUGUGUUGGGAUCUUAAUACUGUGAAGGAAACAAAUCUCUAUCUUCAGCGAAAACCUGACAAGAGGAUGAUAAUAUGUGUCUUCAGAGGUAGUUGUCUUUGCAUUUGCUUACAGUGUUCCCCUUCUUGUCUGAAGCCCUUCAAACAUUUUCCUUGGAAUUCAGCAAAUUGAUUCAGUCGUUAGCAAGAACAAGUAUUUCAUCGUUCCAUGUAUCACGGCAGUCUUAUUUUGUCCUAUUGUUUUCUUCUUCGGCAUUUAGGAUCGGUUCUCAAGUAUCAUAAAGACUGAACUUGAUAUUAGUGGAAUUUGGGGAUAGUGUGAUUGCCAUUUGAAAUGACCUUGAGCAACUCUUCUAAUGUGAUACGACUGUUCAUAACAAGCUGUGGUUUGUUUUGUAACUGUUAAACAAGUCUGCAUUCCAUUCUCUGGUGCUGUGCUAAAUUUCUAUCUGCAGUACAGGACUGACUUGAAUAAUGGUGGUGAGAAAAGUUGCUAAAAGUUGCUUUGUUUUUACAUGGAGUGAUGAAGGUUGAUGACACAAAUCACAUUUCUCAGGAUCGCACUGCAGAACCAGCAGAGUUCUCAGGGCUUGGUCCCAUUUUUUCCCAAUGUAUGCCUUUGGUACUGGUAUUCUCGCCUUACCCCCUCCAGAAGGCUCAGGUCAGUUGACUAACAAUGCUACAUCUGUGCUGGGCCAGCAGGCAGGGUGAUCUUUAGAUGUUGGACACUGUUUCAAACGAGAAGCUUCAGUUAAUAUUUACACGUGCCACUCAUAUUUGAGACUCAUUUGAGCUGACAGCAUUUCAUCAAACGGAGCAUUAGCCCCAUUAUGAUAAGUGGGUGAAAAGGGCGGGGGGCUCUUUCUUAUCAAAUCAAGUUAGCUUAACAUACUUGAAAAGCCUUUAUGCUCGGCAAACCCUGAUUUUGUACUUCAGCUGAGAGCAACAGGACCCAAAACGAGCUAAGGUGGUUGAGAUGCUGUUGGAUGAUCGUGGCCGCAAAGAUAAGCUUGUCCCUGGAACUUCACAGGCAAGAGCAAGCCUGCAUCUUAACAUGCAUUCGGCAGCUUUUUAUGUUACCCAGCACACAUGCACAAUGUUUUUCCUGGCUACCCGGGCAGGCAGGCAAUGGCAAUAAGCGUUGCUUAUCUUAAAUUUGUUUAGUAAGAGCCCCUGUCUGGCAAGAAGCCUCCAAGGGUUCAGCCUUUUCCCCUGCCCCACAGCAAGAUCUGCCAGAGCUGUGAUGCAAGGGCAGGUUUUCACAUCCCGGCCACAGGCCAACCGAUCUGUAUUUCAGUGACUGCUAUGGCAGGGAAGUUUUCUGUCUGCUCGCUGGAUGUGUGUACAGACAGUUGCAACAAAGCGCUUCCCAAGGUGAAACAGAUGGAAUGCAAGGUGCAGCGCUUGUGUUGGGCAGUGCACAACAAGUGUAUUUUUAUGGGAACGGUGAAAUAAACCUGUUUUUCGGUAACGUUUUAAUUUUAUGCAUUGCAUCUUAACUCUUCUGACCCGGGGCAAGUGCCGGGAGAACACCCAAUCGAACUGAACUGCGGCCCCGCAGCGGUGUUCCCCCUCCGCUGCCCGCGGCCAAUCGGGACGCAGUGGGCGGCCCGGGAGCGGCGGCCGUCAAGGGUUUAAAGCCGAGGUGCUCGGGCUGCGCCCCGCUCUCGCUUCUACUUUCCAUGCCACCUCCCAGGGCGGUCAGGAUGUCGUCGGUCGCCCGAUCGAGGAUCUACAGGCCGGCGACCCCCAUGCCGCCGCUGCGCUCGCGCACCGUCUUGGGGGACCUCGGCAACUGCUUCGCCAGCGGGAAGCAGCUGGCGGACACCCCCGCACCGUGGAAGCGGGCGUCGGGCGAGAUGCGGAAAGCCGCCGGCAAGGAGCAGCAGGCGCCGCCGUCGACCCUGGAGCCGCCCCAGCUGGAGCCACAGUCUGCCACCAGUGUGCAAAUGUUCACUUACAACGUAUCAGAAGAGCUGUUGCUUGAAGUGGUAGGCAAACAUGAAGAUGAUGAUGGCCCAAACUUUUGCAACUCGUACAGGAAUCUCAGAGACAUAGAGGAGAUCAAGGUCAAAUAUGCCUGCAGAUCAAACUGCAAGAUUAGCAACCUUGAAUAGCUGAACUUCCCUAUGGUGUGGAAGCGAGACCAACCCCUGAUGAAAAAGAUGUAACUCCUAAGCACACAAAAGCAAAAAAGGAAAAAAAGGCACAAAAAAAGAUGUAACUCCUAAGCAAACAAAAGC